AUGGAACUAUCAUAUAGAAACGGAGGGAGUAUUGAUGAGGAGAAAAAUGAAAAGAGUGAUGAGGUCGAUCUUGCACAUCCAUGGAAUGCCCAUGUCCCACCAAAAAUUAAGCACUUUGGGUGGAGAGUGCUGCAAAGAGCUAUUCCUGUUCGCCACAAUCUGAAGAAAAGAAGAAUGUGUGAUGAGGAUAUUUGCCUGAUGUGUGGUGAUGCUGCAGAAACUAUUGAGCAUACUCUGAUUUUUUGUGAAGCAGCUAAGGCUUGCUGGAACCUGUCCCCUUUAAGACUGCAAUUCCAGGCUGAUAACUUACACUCCUUUUCUUCUUGGUGUACGAAUAUGGGUGGGAUUCUGAAGGAAAAACUGUGGUGGAAUAUUUUCUGGUGUAUCCUUUGGGGUAUAUGGCUGAAAAGAUAUGCUUGGUGUUUUGAAAAGAAGGAGGUUCAGGUUGAAGAGGUUAUUCGAAGAGCUGUAAGCAUUGUUGGUGAAUAUGAGAAGAAUGAAGCUAUUGGCCUGGGUGGUAUUGUUCGUGACAAUGUAGGAGAUGUCCUGCUCUCUACCUGCCAUAAAUUGAUGGGCUGCUAUGAUGUGGAUAUCGCUGAAGCUAUGGCUGCUAGACACUUCCUAGGGGUCGCUUUUGAAGCUGGUCUUAAUAAACUCACCCAUGAAUCUGAUAAUUUGAAGCUGAUCCAGCACCUUAACAGCAGAAAGAGUGACAAUUCCUACUUUGGUCUUAUUGUAAAUGACAUCCUGCAUCUUGCUGGGGCUUGUCAGUUCAUUGCUUACUCGCAUAUUGGUAGAAAGGGGAAUUCAGCUGCUCAUACUUUAGCUCGUAUUAGUAAGAAUUAUGUAGAAAUGCGUGUGUGGCUCGAAGAAGCACCCACUGAUGUAAACACUGCAAUCGCUUUUGAUCUUGCUGUUGCUUAA